AUGGCAAUUGUAUAUCAUAAUUCUUACCCCUGCAUGCACGACGGGACCCCCCGCAGCACCUGCAUUGAUUACUACGAGAGGUCUGUCGUGGAGGCCGGCGCGUCCGAGGCGGUGCACGCGACCUCGGAGCCGCUUACGCCCAGCGAGCGCGACUCUCAAUUCCUGAAGGGGGCGGCCCGCGCCCUGCCCGAGCCAGGGCAUCAGCGGCGGCGGCGCCGGCGGCCGGGCGCCAGCGUCUUUGUGGGGCUUGAGGAUGGCAGGCGGCGCGUGGUUGGAAACGCCCGGCGUGCGCUGUGCCCUGCAGCCGCCGGCGGGGGUGAUGAGGAGGAGGGCUGGGAGGACCUGAAGCCGGCCACCAACUACCGCGUCACAGUCCGCGCCAUCAACGCCAAGUACGGCCCCGGCCCCGCGACCACCCAGCCCGUCCGCACCCGCGGCAACCACGACGACAGCCACCCGCCGGGCGCGGUGCUGGACUUUGACGUGUCGCAGUCCGGGACGAGCCUGGUGGUGGCGUGGAGCCCGCCGCAGUCCGGGGGGUGGGCGAGCAGCUACGAGGUUCUUGUGGCGGACUCGAACGGGCGGCGGCUGUUUGACAACACGGUGGAGGAAUCCAAGGUGGUGGUCACCAGCGGCGUGCGCGCCGCAACGCGCUACGAAAUCCUGGUGGCGGCCGUCAACCACGCCGGCCGCGGCCCCAUGAGCCGCGUCUACUUCACCACCGCCGCCGCCGCCGCCGCUGCUGCGCCGGCGCCGGCCGUUGCCCAGGAGUGA